AUGGCGAUGGAGCAUAAAGUUAGCAAGCUCAUGUAUGGUUGCCAGCGAAGCUCCACAUCAGAUGAUGACUCCGGCUGUGCUAUGGAGGAGUACACUUGGGUUCCACCUGGUCUUCGUCCUGAACAGGUUCAGCUGUAUUUUGCAUGUCUGCCAGAAGAAAAGGUUCCCUAUGUCAACAGUGUGGGUGAAAAGUUUAGGAUCAAACAGCUUCUGUACCAGUUACCUCCUCAUGAUAAUGAAGUGCGAUAUUGCCAGUCCUUAAGUGAGGAGGAGAAGAAGGAAUUGAUGAUGUUCAGUACCCAGCGCAAAAAGGAGGCCCUUGGGAGAGGGAAUAUUAAACUGUUGUCAAGAGCUGUGAUGCAUGCAGUCUGUGAACAGUGCGGUGAGAAGAUAAAUGGAGGUGAAAUUGGAAUUUUUGUUUCAAGAGCUAAUCCUGGGGUAUGCUGGCACCCAUCAUGUUUCACAUGUUCCACAUGCAAUGAACUGCUUGUUGAUCUAAUAUAUUUCUACCAAGAUGGAAAAAUACAUUGUGGCAGACACCAUGCAGAGCUACUUAAACCAAGAUGUUCAGCCUGUGAUGAGAUUAUAUUUGCUGAUGAAUGCACAGAGGCUGAGGGGCGUCACUGGCAUAUGAAACACUUUUGUUGCUAUGAGUGUGAGACUGUGCUUGGGGGACAGAGAUACAUCAUGAAAGAUGGCCGCCCCUUCUGCUGUGGCUGCUUUGAGUCUCAUUAUGCAGAGUACUGUGAAUCCUGUGGAGAGCAUAUAGGUGUUGAUCACGCUCAGAUGACCUAUGAUGGACAACAUUGGCAUGCUACAGAAAGCUGUUUUUCUUGUGCACAGUGUAAAGUUUCUCUACUGGGAUGUCCUUUUCUACCGAAAAAAGGACGCAUUUAUUGUUCCAAGAUUUGCAGCUUGGGAGAGGAUGUACAUGCAUCAGAUUCUUCUGACUCCGCAUUUCAGUCUGCUAGGUCUAGAGAGUCCAGAAGAAGUGUACGAAUGGGAAAGAGCAGCAGAUCUGCAGAUCAGUGUAGACAAUCACUCUUGCUUUCUCCAGCGCUGAAUUAUAAGUUUCCAGGAAUGUCUGGUAAUGCCGAUGAUACACUGUCUCGUAAAAUGGAUGAUCUCAGCUUAUCAAGGCAAGGAGCCAGUUUCGAUAAUGACUUUUGGAAAGGAAGAGAUGAGCAGGAGACUCCAGAGGAUCAUGAAGAAUGGGCUGAGCAUGAUGACUAUAUGACUCAAUUACUUUUAAAGUUUGGAGAAAAAGGACUUUUUCAGCAGCCUGCUGAGGAUAAUCGGUCUAGUGAGCAUUGGGUGUCAGAGAAGAUCAGUCGAGACUUAAAAAGAAAUGGGCACAAUCAAAGUUUGGCAAGCAAAAAAUAUGAGAACGAUAUGUACUGGGCUCAGUCACAGGAUGGACUUGGAGAUUCGGCUUACGGCAGCCAUCCAGGACCAGCAAGUAGCAGGAAAAUACAAGAGUUGGACUUGGAUCAUGGAGCAUCUGGUUACAAGCGUGACAAGAAGCCGUGGUAUAAGAACUCGUUGGAAUGUUUGUCUGAUGAUCUUAAACCACAGCUUGAAAACAUUUGUGACUCUAUGGAUUCACUAGCAUUGUCCAAUAUAACAGCUUCUGUUGAUGGGGAAAGUAAGCCACGACCUUCACACUUUUCUUAUCCAAAUUUCCAAGACUUAGACACACGGGAUUGUGAGAAAAUGAGCAACAUGGGAACUCUUAACUCUUCCAUGCUCAACAGGAGUACGGAGUCUCUGAAAAGCCUGAACUCAGAAAUCUGCCAGGAAAAGCCACCUCCAGAAGCAAAACCUAUUCACACAUCUGCCUUGAGAAGGUCAAAAUCACAAACAAGACCACAAGUCAAAUUUUCUGAUGAUGUCAUUGACAAUGGAGAUUAUGGCACCAUUGAAAUCAGACAGCCACCAAUGAGUGAAAGGAGUCGUAGAAGGGUUUACAAAUUGGAAGACCGUAGUCAAAGACCCCAUCGUCAUAGGCGCAGGAAAUCACGCUCUGAAAAUGCACUUCACCUUGCUGCAGAUCAAAAGUCACCAGGAUGGGAAAAACCUAGGUGUUAUACUUCUGAGGAUUAUGAUAGACUUUUUCAUAACAAAUCUCCUCAAGAGGUUCAGGCGUACAUUCAGAAUGGUGAACUAUUUGGACAAUAUGCAAAUGCUGCUUCAGAUUUUGGACUGCAAAGCCAAAUCAUGGAUAAGUAUUUUGGUAUGUGUGGUGAAGAAGAUGACUCUUGGUGUUCAACAUGUUCAUCUUCCUCUGAUUCAGAAGAGGAGGGAUAUUUUCUUGGACAGCCUAUUCCUCAACCACGACCACAGCGAUAUCCAUAUUUUACAGAUGACAUGCCUACUCCUACAUCUGUACUAUCCAGUAGUCAUUUUGGCCAAAGGACCACUAAAUCCAAAAAGAAGAAGGGACACAAAGGCAAAAACUGUAUUAUUUCCUAAGACUUAUAGGCAUCUGUAUCAUCCUUCCUGUGAAGACAGACUAUUGACAUUCUAACUCCAGAGACACUUAUUUAGUUUUAUAGUUCUGCUAUUUGUUAAAAAUGUGUUUUUUGUUUUUAAUGCUUUGCCAAUUGUACCAAAACAGGCCGGCUGGUGUUUACAAUGUGUAAUUACUAUUGACAAAGUUUGUGUUUAGCAGAAUAUUUACUUAGACUAUCACAGGUUUACAGUUCAGGUUUGCUUUGGUUUUAUUGCUUUGCACAUAAUACUGAAGUUAGAUAUUAGACAAUGCACCAAAUGCUUAACAUUAACUGGCAGAAAUACAUCAGACUUGCUAACCCUGCAUACCUCAAGCUUUGUAACCUACUCUAAAGAUGGGAAUGGUGUAAUGGAAUAAAUAACACUUUUAUUGCAGUUUACAGGAAUCAUUUACGAGUGAAUAUGGUGUAUUUUCAUCUGAAUAAGAUUGUUUGCUUGGAACAGUGUGUAUUUUAUGGUCUUACAUUUAAGAUGUGUAUUGGGAACAAUGCAGAGAGUUCUUUUGUUCCAGAUCAUUCACGCUGUUUAACAUACAUGAAGAACCAUUUUGCAAGUAUUGUCUGUUGGUAUUUACUCCAGAAAACCUUUUUAAAUGUAGAAUAUUUAGCUGCAAGUUAUUUAUAUUGUUACAUAUAAACAAAUCUAGCCCUAAUUUAACUGCAAAUAAUGUAUAUAUUGUAUAUGUCAAAUGCAGAACUUUUGUUUUUUAGAUUUAUUUUCUGCAGUGUUGCAUUUUUUUCCUCUGCAACAUUGAAUAGGGGCCCAACAGAAGCGUUAUGGUUGGUUCCUUAUUUGCUUUCUCAUUUUUAUUGCUGUUAAAAUGUUUUAAUAAGGAAAAACCCAGCAGUGUUUAGUAAUGGAUAAUGGUUCUUCAUAUUUCCACCGUCUCUCAUGUAUUAUUUGGCUCUACAUAAGGCACUGUAGUGGUGUAAGUUAUUUUACACCUACUGUAUGUAACCUACUUUUUAUUUAUGGAUCAGAGACUAGCAGAAAAAAACAUCUUUUUUAUAAAACAACUGCUGCAAUAGUUUUUUGUCUGGAAACCAUAAGUUUUAGAUACCGCAAUUCACUUGUUUGAUAUUUCUAAAAGAUUGACACAUUUUUGUGAAUAAAAAUAUAGACAAAGUUG